UAGCUGGAGCAUGUUAUGAAGGAAGGGAAGCAAAUUGGUGUGAGGAAUCGGCAGAGGAAACUCUACACCAAUUGUCCUACUGAACAGUGGCCAAUUCACAAGCGAAGCUUGUGGAGUAGCAUCGUUUUUGAGCACCCAGCUAACUUUGAAACAAUGGGUAUGGAUCCGGAGAAGAAGCAGGAGAUUGUUGACGAUCUGUUAACCUUCAGCAAUAGUAAGAACUUUUAUGCAAAGAUUGGGAAGCCAUGGAAGAGAGGUUAUCUUCUCUAUGGCCCUCCCGGGACAGGAAAGUCAACGAUGAUUGCAGCAAUGGCAAACCUGUUGGACUAUGACGUCUAUGAUCUUGAGCUCACAGCAGUGAAGGAUAACACGGAGCUGAGGAAGCUUUUGAUCGAGACUACCACUAAGUCUAUCAUCGUGAUUGAGGAUAUUGAUUGCUCACUUGAUCUUACAGGUCAAAGAAAGAAGAAAACAAAGAAGUCUUCAGAGGAUAAUGAUGAGAACGAAAGUCCCAAGAAAGAUGUCGAGGAAGAGAAGAAGAGCAACAAAGUCACACUUUCAGGGCUGUUAAAUUUCGUCGAUGGACUGUGGUCUGCUUGUGGGGGAGAGAGGUUGAUUGUUUUUACUACAAAUUAUGUGGAGAAGCUGGAUCCUGCACUCAUAAGGAAAGGUAGAAUGGACAAGCAUAUUGAGCUCUCUUACUGCAGUUUUGAGGCAUUCAAGGGGCUUGCAAAGAAUUACCUGGAUCUUGAAAAGCAUCCUAGGUUUGACACAAUACAGAGGUUGAUGGAGGAGACCAAGAUCACACCUGCUGAUGUUGCGGAGAACCUUAUGCCAAAGUCCUCAUUAGAUGAUGCAGAUAAGUGCUUAUUGAAGUUGAUACGGGCUCUUGAGCAAGCAAAGGAAGAAGCACAAAAGAAGAAAGCUGAAGAAGAAGAGAAACUGAAAGAGGAAGAAGCGGCAAAGAAGAAAGAUGAAGAGGUGAAAGUGAAAGAGGAAGAAGUAGCAAAGAAGAAAGAUGAAGAUCAGGUGAAAGUUAAAGAGGAAGAAGCAGCAAAGAAGAAGGAUGAAUAGGUG